AUGUCACGUGACUACAGUUUUGAAUGCUGCUCUCCCUGCCUGAGUUCUCCUUGCUCUGCACACGGCUCCUGUCAUGACCUUGACCCCACUGCAGGCACCUUCCAGUGUCAAUGUCAGCCUCCGUAUGAUGGCCCAACAUGUCAGACUCGACGGAACCCAUGUGUCUGGGGCCCAGAAAUAGGAUCCUGCAACCAGUCCAUCCCACGCUACUUCUACAACAGGUUCUCCCAGGGAUGUGACACUUUCAACUACACGGGUUGUGGAGGCAACAUCAACAACUACCCCACCAUGGAUGAGUGCAAUGACACCUCAAUGCAUGGUGCCUGUUGCUAUCGGCGAUAUUCUACAACACUGGAAGACAUUGUGCAGAGUGACCAGCAGUUAGAGAUCAGAUGUGAGAAACUUCAUAUUGGCGCCUGCAAGUCUCUGCAUCGUCAACCAGAUGGAGACUUUGAGACGGAAGUGAUCAGCUUCUACCCCGGGAUGACGUGUGAGGAGGCUGGGUGCAUGACAGCAGGAGGGCUUAUUGAGGCGGUGGACUCGCAGUUCCCUCUUGGAUGUGAAGACUGUUCCUGUAAGCCUGGAGGAAGAGUGGAGUGCAGCUGUAAGCACCGCAGUGUGAGGAAAGAGAUCCGGGACAUGACCAGGAUUGAGAUGGUCCAUUUCCAGAAUGCAGUCCGCAUCCUUCGCGAAGACAACACCACCAGCGUGUGGGAGACAUUUCGUGACCUCUAUAUGACUCACAGCAUGCAUGCCAGUGGCGGCGCCUACUUCCUUCCCUGGCAUCGCUACUUCCUGCGCGACAUUGAAAGGAAGCUGCAGGAAGUUGACUGUGACAUCAGCAUCCCAUACUUCGACUUCACCACAGAUAUUGGCAACAUGGCCAACGCAAUUGUUUGGCAGCCAAGUUACUUUGGCGGAGAUGGUGAAGGGUUAGACAACUGCGUGUCAGACUUACCGUUCGGUGACCGUGGGACGUGGCAACCAUGUGUAAUGAGGAGUUUUAACACAAGUGUCAAUCUGCCGUCACAGCUAGAACUGGCAUUAGCUCUGGCCAGUGAAGACUACAUGGAGAUGAGCCUUUGUCUGGAGACCUACAUCGCCUAUCUCCACACCUUCAUUGGUGGCGACAUGGCGACCACAUCCAGUGUGUAUGAUCCGGUGUUCCUUACUAUUCAUGCUUACAUCGAUCACCUCUACUGGACCUGGCAACUGAAGGAUCAGAAUAUGUUCAAGUUCCCGGCAGCCUUUGGGAGCAUUCCCAUGAUUCCUUUCAAUGUAGCACCUCGGGAUGUUUUUGACCUUGACAAUCUGUGUGUGACCUAUGCUCUCCCUACUAAAGGUCACCCAUGUAACAAGACUGACCUUGUCCUGAGACCAUCAAGGUCAGGCGUACAACGAGGUGACAUCAACCCUGAGCUGGCCUAUGGUGUUGACAGCUAUGACCAGUUUGGCUACAAUGAAGAUGGAUAUGACAGAAUAGGAUAUGACAUAUUUGGUUAUGACCGAGAUGGGUUUAACAGAGAUGGUGUCAACAGAUACGGAUAUGAUGUCGAUGGAAUUGGAAGGUUUGGCUUUGACCGUGAUGGAUAUGAUCUCCAUGGUUUCAACAUUGACGGCCUAGACAGGAGUGGUAACCCAGACACAUCAGGGAGGUUUGGCAGGGAUGGACUGAACCAGUGGUGUCUGACACGUGGAGGUUUGAACCCAGAUGGCUUCGACAAGUAUGGCUUCUCUGUACAUGGGUACGAUGCCGAGUACUGCAACUACCUCAACAAUGGCCCAUAUGCCACCAUCUAUUCCCUGAAGAUCUUUGACAUACUCAAGCGACAAGGGAAGGGAUUCUUGAUGUCUCUGCCACGGAUCUGCCCAGGACUCGAACCCUUGCCUUCCCAGUGGGUUGAGCAGUAUUGGGCCACCAACAUCAAGGAUGUCACAGGAAUGGUUCCUGUCAACAUGUCUAUUCAGACAUCAUUGCCAUCAGCACGAUUCUGUUUUGACGUGGACCAAUUCAUCAGCCCAUGUCCAUGUGACAGGCCCAUUGCGACGUGCACCUCCAACCCCUGUGCAGGAGCCACGUGUCGGGCAUUCCCUGGGGCCCAGUGUCAUGUCAGCUUUUGUGGGGAGUGUUCUGCCCAGUGGCUCUACAACAACAUGGUGGUGGACUGCCAGGAGGAGAGAGGUAGGGAACAUGUGCAGGUCAUCACUGACCAAGGGGAUGACAUAGUGAGGCCAUCACUGACCAAUGGGUCAUGA